GCUGCCUGGAGCUGGUGGCCUGGUGCGCCGCGCCUCUCCUGCCUUCCAAAGGCGCCCGGCGGCCGCACAUCUGCCGGCCCCGCCCUGUCCCGCCUCCGGAGCGGCGAAGGCACCGCGGCGCCGAGCCUGGGAGGGGAGACCCCGGAGCGAAAGGCGAGAGACACGGCCAGAGGGGCGCGUAAUGUCUCACGGGGUGCGCGUGAUCCGCACAGACGCCAGCAGCGCAGCGGCGUCCAGCUCCGCUGCGCCGCCGCCCUCUGCGCCGGGCUGCGGCCACCUGGACCGAGGCUACGCGCGCUCUUGCUCGGCCAUGCUGAAGGUGGCCCAGAUGUUUUUCCUGUUGAUCGGGUUCAUCCACAUAAGAUCUUCAUGGUGGAGAAACCACAGCACAUAUACCUACUUUGAAAUCGUCUCGAUGUAUGACUUUGUCGUAAUUCUCAUCUUCUACAUUGUCUAUGUCUUCAGAGCUUAUCGUACGCUGACCUGCAUCAACUGGGCACUUGCAGAGUUUCUGCAUUACCUAAUAGGUUCCAUCCUGCUCCUCAUUGCAUCUAUUGUGGUAGUAACAAAAAACUCCAACUCACCAGUCCUUACAGCUGGAGCGGUGUUUGGCUUCUUGGCUACAUUUCUGUGCAUCUUAAGUAUAUGGCUAUCCUACAAAGUCUCUUUUGUCACACAGUCAACAGAUGCUGUUGUGUGAGUUUUGCUGUUUCAAGAUGUGUACGCCACAUUGGAGAAAUCUACUUGCCAGAGGGAAGACAAAGCAAAUGUCUGCAAGAUGGAACUCUCUCCCGGUGACCUUUGUGGGGAAACGUCUUAAAGGCUGACCCUUCUGAAUUUCAUCUCAUGGUCCUUCACUAAAUUGGAAGUAUCCCAGCAAUCUCUACACUGUAUCACCUUGGUUCCCGUCAACUGUGUUCCACCUGCAGAGAUUCUUGGGCCCAAGUUGAACUAUGCUGUAGUUCUUUCUUUAAAGAGAAAAGAAACCCACGCAAAGGAACCAAAGUGCCGAGGCCAAAGGCUGCAUUUCCUGGGUGCGGUUCCAUUUGUUAGCUCCACUCUCCUUACAGUGAUAGCAUUCAACCCACCAGGGAGUAGGAUCUGAAUUCUUGUUUUUAUCAGACAUUCAAAGUAGAAAAUGGACUCUGCUUUCAUCUAUUGCUGCCAAAUGCUGAAAAAAAUGUACCUCAAACCAGCAACUGUUACAUACUAUGCUGUAUCUGAUAUGUCUCUUUCUUAUGUCUGCUUUUUGUGUUUGCAACUGUUCUUGUCACUUGUCAGGAAUGGCAUUUUAUAAAUUGCAUUUCGACUGGCUUACUGUGAACAUUUCCUUGGAAAUGAACCAAUGUUACUUUUGUAUUCUGGUUUUGUUUCAUUUUAAGUAUUUUAUUCAAGAUAAAAAAUAAAAGUGUUUUAAUUUACUUUGUUAUAUUUGAAAAACAUAAUUUCUCUUUUCUUGAUGCAUGCCCAUGCCUCUUGGACACCCUGUUCUCAAGCAUUUGACAUGAUGUUGCUGAGGAUUAUCAAUACAGAUACUUGAGCCUCCGCAGUAAGUAGCUCCAUUAGCUGGAAUGGCCCUAGGAAAAUCUAAUUAUUAUUUAUUCAAUUUAUACCCUGCUGUUCAGCCAAAAACUGGCACUCAAAGCAGCUUGAUUUUUUUUAAACAUUUACAAAGGAACAGCUAAUUGUUGUGGGUGGUAGUUGUUCUAAAAAAAGCAAAUUCUCUUUCAUAAAUCUCAAUUUCCUGGUCUUCAAAACACAGCAGUUUGGUCCUAGAAAUUCAACUGCACUGUGUGACAUUUGGCUGCAUGAAUGGGAGAGCGCACAAUUGGAUGAGCGACACUGCAACAUGUGGAGAGGGCACUGACAUAAAAGAAAAUGUGCUCUAUGCAGCAAUUAAUGUGCACCGCAGCUGAAUAAAUGAUAUACAGGCAGUCCCCACAUUGUGAACAAGCUCCGUUCCUGGAAAAAUGGAAAUGCAUCUUUAAGUCAAAUUUGUACAUAGUCAGCGCUCCACAUUCAUGGAGCUUAGGGGCAAAGGACCCCCAUUAAAGUGGAAAAACUAUAAAUAUUAAUCACCACCCCCAGCUCACCUGUGCCGCCUCUUUGCAGCAAGGACAUGCU